AUGUACUACUAUAACGGUCAGCAUAGAUCAGUCUGUGUAAGCUUCUUGGAUAGAAAUAACGCUGAUGUUGUCUGCAGAAGUCUGGAAUUAGGAAGAGCACUUCACGUUCCCGUAUACCAUAUUCCUGAUGGCAGUCAUGACGGUGUUACACUCGACCGUGUAGAAUGCACGGGAAAUGAAUCCAGACUGUUCGAUUGCCCUGGCGUAGGUAUCGGAUCUGAAAAUGAAUGCAAUGUGUCCGAAGCUUCUCGAGUCAUGUGUUCCGGAGGAGACGUUUGCGUGGCCGGCUUGUGCCACCAUCAAAUCCAGGGAUACGGAUGCCGAUAUCUUGAACCAAUAUCAGCAUUGUCGAUGAACAUCAGUCCUAGUCAAGAGCGAAUAAUUAACUUUACUUUACAUAUAGGUCACUGCUAUCAGUAUGAACACAGGAACGGUGGAGGUGGACCAUUUAUUUUACGUUGUCUAAACAUUUCAAGCAAUGACAUAAGACACCUAGCUAAAGAAGACUUCCGGGAUCUAAGUACUCUCUACUUUCUUGAUAUAAGCAACAAUCCAAUAGUUCAGAUUGAUCCUGGUGUAUUCUUGAACACUGCUCAUCUUGAGUUUAUUUUCAUGGUGGAUUUACAACUACAUUCGAUCAAAAGGAACGUUCUUACCGGAUUAACUUCUUUGAAGGCUAUAUCAACAUCCGAUAACAGGCUAUGUUGUCUCCUUGAUGAAAGGGAGAACGUAACAUGUGCCAGGACGUCUCCAACGAGUCCUCUUGAGACCUGUGGAAGGCUUUAUCCGAGCGUCGUCUUAAGAAUUGCCGGCUGGAUCAUUGGUCUAACCUCCCUGGUCGGAAACCUGACAGCAUUGAUUCUACGCGCUCGUCAGGAACAACUCACAGUCCAAACACUGUUAAUCAUGAACUUGGCCGUAGCAGAUUGCCUCAUGGGUAUCUACAUGAUUAUCAUCACAUCGGUAGACAUCUAUUUCGGCAACCUCUACUUCUUGAGUGCACCACUUUGGCGUCAAUCGUAUUUGUGCAAAUUUUCGAGUUUCCUCGCCUUUCUAUCAAGCGAAUGCUCCGUGUUUACACUAGCAAUAAUGACAGUUGAUCGAUUCAUCUGUAUCUUAUUUCCAUUCAGUGUAUAUCGUUUGACCGUUAAGUCAGCAGGUACUGCCAUGAUCUUCCUGUGGUUGGUCAUGUGCAUUCUUAGCAUCAUACCGAAUUUAGUUCCUGCUGAUUUACCUGGGUUUUAUGGACUAUCUGAUGUUUGUGUUGGGUUGCCACUACACGCCGAGUCUGAAGAGAUUGGAAGGCUUGAGUAUAUAGAUGAGAGAGGAAAUGAUAAAUUUCAGAUCGAGUAUGUAGUUGAAGAGCGCACAGUGCGUCCAUCCUGGCUUUACGCCAUUAUAACAUUCAUCGGUGUGAACAUGUUUCUGUUCAUGGUUAUAUUGGUAUGCUAUAUCAUGAUGUUUAUACAGGUAAUGAGAUCAACCCAGUCAGUAGCAAACGCUGCUUUGCGUAAUCGAGAAAUCAAAGUUGCUAGAAAAAUGGCAUUCAUCGUAGGAACGGAUUUUGCCUGUUGGAUGCCAAUCAUUAUCAUGGGUAUCCUCACACAAUCCGGUCUGGUUGUACUACCGACAUCCCUCUAUGCUUGGAGUGUGAUAUUCAUCAUCCCAAUCAACUCUUCAAUCAAUCCAAUUCUGUACACUUUCGUGAAUUAUAUCGAGAACAAGAAAAAAACACAGCAAGUGAAAACCAAUUCUAAAGGGGAUGGUAGAACAACAAAAAAUGCGAGUGUAAAUGACACCUCAUUGACCGAAAUUAAUGUUUAUCAAUAAAAUGGUUAUCUAUAAUGGACAUGUCAUAAAUACCAGA